AUGAAGCCUUUCUCGGUGUGCGGGAUUUUUUGUGAAGGAUUUGACGAAUCUGAGCUGAGAAGCGUGGAAGAAAGCCGUAAAAAGGCACAAAGGACGUGCGAAAGGACUGGCGCAACGGGUGGCUCCGGCCGAGGCCACGCCGUCGGUUCAUCGGAAACCAUCUGCUCCUGGGCUACCAGCGCGCAUUUUGAUGGUCUGCAGGCCACCGCAGUUCACCUCGCCAAAAAGAGCUGCGCCUCUCCGGCUGCGACGCUAUUUCGGCACGGUCCACUCGACGCAACCACGCACGACCCUUCGUCCCCAUGCCCAUCCAAGGUCAUUACAUCAAACCAAUCUUCUGUUCUCCCUUUUUGGUCCGAUCUCGGCUCUUUUCCAGCUUUUUUUUCGACUUCUGCAAGGUUGAGCGACAUGAAAAUGAUCAUCGCGAUGACUGGACUUCUGCAAUUUUCCUGCGUCUGUUUUAAAUCUGCAAGCUUUUUGGUUUUUUUUUUCUCGCCGUUAGUCAACUUUUUCUUUCAGUAGAAGGAAGGUUAUUUCGCCUUUUUUUUUCUUACACGUCUGAAAUUCGGCCGAAAUUUUUUGAAUGAAUCAAAAUUCUUACAACUCCUAUUCCCCUUAACAGAGGAUUUAAAGAUUAAAUCUUGAAAAAAAUCUUUCUAGUCAUUUGAAUGAGUUUUUUUAACUAAAAAAAAUGAAACGGAUUUUGAAGCUUCCAUGAUAUUCCUUUAGGAAAGCGCUAGAGCAAUUCUCCUCAAAUCUUUCAGGAAAAAAUUCGAAUGACUCCUUCUGGGGCUUUCUUUCUUUUUUGAAUUCAAAAUAUUUUCCUCAAGUUGUUUCUCGAUAUUUUUCAUAUUCUUAUCAUUUGAACUGUUUCCAAUCUGACUGUCCGAUCUGCAUGAUUAUUUUCAACGUUAUUAUUCAGACCCGCCUGUUUUCGUUGUUUUCCACAUGUUCUCUUCAAGUUUGAUAAGAGUCUCUAGUCAUUUUUUGCGUAAGUUCAUAAUUUCUAUGGAAACUCUCAAGGUUUUCCAUACUUUUCAUGUCACAAACACAUCUUUUCACGGUUUUUCUCACUCUUUUUUCGAAGGUACUAGAAACCUAGGUAGAAAAGCAAACAAAAGGAAAGUUGGCCGGCGACUGUUUGGCUCGCUUCUAGACGGAGGCUUCUAUCGAUCUGACUUUUGUGUUUUGUUCAACAUAAUUAUGAAGUGGUUGGAUUUUUUCUUCAUUUUUUGUUCUUGAAGAGGCUAUUUUGUUCUUUCUUGCUGAAACAGCUGAUACAAAGGUGAUAGACGUAAAAAACGUAUAGAACUCGUCGAAUGAAUCACUCGGAACAACUGUCCCGACUUCAUCCUUUGGUUUCGUCACUCAACCGCUUUUUCCUUCUUUUUCAUGCAUACUUUCUCUGUUUUUAGUUAGCAUUUUUUAUGAGAAUAAAUUCAGCCCUUAGGGUAAGUUCUGUCGGAUUAAGUUUCAAUAUCUUCUGGUCUUGUCGUCUUUUUAAAUGACAAUCAAGGCCAAUUUGCUGUGAUUACAUUCCUUGUAGGGAAUUUUUUAGAGAAUUAUCUGAAAAAAGAUGGAUCGAUCAAUCAUGAAGCUUCGAUUUGAAAGUUUUUCAAGUUAACUUUGAAACUUUUUAAGAUUUAUCGGUUUGCGGUAGAAUAAAAGUUUACGUCAAAAAUAUCAAACAAAAGGCGGCGGAAUUAUUUUUUCAAAAUACAGAAUCACGUAUUUGAAAGUUUUUCUUCGAGUUUUUUACCUAUUUUGACUCUUACGACUCUCUCAGACAUUUUCGGCUCAGGCUGGUAGGUGAAGAGCGUUCGACGCGUCGUUUAUUCCCCGGAUCCCGGUGUUUUUGGCUCCGAGGCUCAUGCUCACGAGUCAGUUGUCGCUUGGCCAAGUCCUGCGUCUAUCAUAAAUCCUUUUUUUUUGUAUCUUUUGUGUUUUUGUUUUCAUCGAACUCAAUAUAUACGAUAUAUUUUCCUUCUAUUUUUCCAUUGAUGUUCCUGCAAGGUGUUCUAGUGCCGUCGUUUGGAUUAUUGAACAAAAAGCAGAAAUUUUUUAACAAAUUUGAAAUCUGAAAAAAUUGCACGCUUGUAAUUAGUUGGUCACUUCUAAGAAACCAGGUGUUGCUCAACAAAUUACGAUCUGAACUCUCAUUUUCCCUCAACAUAUCGCCUUUUUUCUCGACCAAAGAAAUAAAUUGAAUCGCAAACUUGUUCCUUGAACUUCAUACCCUCUCUAACGAGAGAAGUGGGCGCAGAUAUGGUUCAAACUUCUUUGGUAGGUAGUCCCAGAUAUGAGUAUUCGAAAACGAAGAGAUUCAUCUGCUAAGCAUCAUGGACUACUGAGAAAUAGCCUGUCGAAAAUGUACAGGAAAAGCUCAAAAACGAAUUAUCUUUGGGUUUCUUUUCCGUUUUUCUCAUGAUAUAGUGAAUAACAGUAAACGUUUUGAAAAUCGAGAACCCGAAGAAAAUUAGUUUUUCAGUUUUUUCCUCUUUCGAUUUUUCUUUUUUGAUUUUCGACAGGCUAUGUCUCUGUACUCUAUGUGGUGCUUAGCAAAUAAUUUUUUCUGUUUUUGAGUAAUCUCACCUUGGACUACCUACCACAUAAGUUUGGACCAGAUCUGCAAAGUUCACCUCACAAACCUCCCUUGUCAAGUUUUCAACUUGAGACGUACCCUACUAAAAAGUUUCAAUACUCGUAGAAUUUAUAAAAACGUACAACUUUUCAUAAAAUGGAAAAAACACGCGUGCUCUUGAGAAUCCUUUUUCUUUCGCUGUAGGAACUUUUUAUCGCUGGUUUUAGUUCUUCCUUUUUUCUUGCUUUCAAGUUGGUCUCAGCCUGUAUAUUCUUCAAAGAGUUUAAUUGUUUAUACCUUCAAAAUAUUGAUUGAUCGGCUCUCUUCACUUCAACUUUUUUUUGCUGCCGCGAAUUUGUUGUCGGCGCAAGUCAAUUUGGCGAGGUCAUUCAGGUGGUUUGAUGUGCAGAAACCACCUGAAAACCUCGUUUCUUUGUUUUUUUUUUGUCUUUUUACUUUCUUCUGUAACUUUUUUUUGUUUUCUACGUUCCAUUUCAAAUCAAACAUGAAGUUGAUUAUAAGCCACAGUUUCCUUCAACAAUCGCAGUUCACUGUGAGCAUUUAUGAAAUUAUAUCCCAAUUACGUUUUUCGUUUCUCACUUUUGGUUCAACUUCUGCUGUUUGGAACUUUGAUUUCAACCCAAAAAUGGUUGCGAGAGCCUUUUUUGGAGGAUGAAUCAGCGUCUUCGGAAAUCGAUAAUUUGAUAAGGCGUCUCACCGCCUGUUCGACCCGGAGGCCGCUUCCAACGUUUCUGUCCGCAUUGCUCGUUUGCCUUUUAGAGAAUGACGAUCACGUGGGAAUUUGAUCAUUUUGAUCUUCGAUUAUGAAGCUGUUUCCUUUUCAAAUUCCCAUUUUCUCUAGUUUCUCACCCCGAAACUUUCCAUUUCUUAUUUCUCAUAGUUAGCUUUCUUUUUUGUCCAUUUUUAUCGGGGAGAAAGGAUUUCCACAGGCGCCUCCAAAGAUAUUUUUCUGUUUCGCUAAAACUUGGGUUUGGCUUUUAUCUGGACGCAUCUCAUCUGGAAGACGUUGCCAGCUCCUAGCAUUCCGUUGCAUUUUCGGGAACAGGAGGCUCCGAGAAAUCCGAAGGCUGAUUGCAAUUUUAGAUAAACCCAUCCCGAAACGGCGUUUUCCAUCCAGCUUCUUUGGUUUUUAAGUCCUGAUAUUUCGCGAACUUCUAAACUCCCAGUCUCUCCAUUUCUUUGAGUGAGAACAACGAGUUCAGAUGAGCGAAGACGUCGCGAUGACGGCGACGACGCUGCUGAAUGGCGUCGUUGGGACGCCGUCUUUUAUCGAAUUCAAGAAGGACUGGACCAGCACGCCGACGACCAACGCCCAGAACGGCGGCCAGAUGAUGACUGUUCGUUUGUUUUAGAAGUUUUCGGAUCUUUGGUUUUUUCGUAUUAUGGUUUUCGAAAACUUCGGCUAUCGAUGAAUUCGUUUUUUUUUUUCAGUUGUCCCCACCGGCUGGAGACGGCGCUGGUUCGGCCGGGACUCAGCCAGAAGCGACGUCUUCACAGUCGGCUUCUGAUCUCUCCGGAGACGCUGAAGGCGUCUGGAGCGUCGACAUCGACCAGGUAGAGAUGAAUGAGCGAAGCUCAUAGGAAAAGGAGCUGAUCAACUGAACAUUUGUAAAAAGAGUUCUGGUUCUGAAAAGUUUUCGUUUUUGAUUCCGAUCACUUAAUUAUUUUUUCUUUUUGAAAAAGUUUUUGAACAAAACCUGAGGCCUUACACAUGAGCUAAUAACGUAAAUGCGACGACGUAAAUGUAGUUCCAAAAAGGAAUUUCUCUAUUUAUACCUUUUUUCAAUACUUUUAGCAAACAAUAUUCGCGAAUCCGUGAAAAAAAAGUCAACUUCACCUUCUUUAAACCCAUUUGCGCCUUCAAAUUUACGCUGCGUGAACGUUCAAGCCUACGGCUCUGAGCCUUUUCAAAUCAAGGGGUUUCCAAUUUCUAUUUUAAAAUACUCAGGCGUUCCAAGAAGCGCUGGCGAUCUACCCGCCUUGUGGAAGGAGGAAGAUCAUCAUCAGUGACGAGGGCAAGAUGUACGGUACGUGCUCUUUCCUUGGCAAAAGAUUGGCUUUGUCUGGGUUCCAAAUUAGUUGCGCGGCCAGACCACUUCUCCGAGGAAACACGUUCCAGUGUUCCUCGCCGUUUUUCGGAGUCUUUCCUUUUCGGUUUGUGUAGGUUUGGUGUGAGGGUAAUGCAUGCAAACGAGGCAAGAAAAAAAAACAUCUGCUCGGCCUGUCAUCUGGAAUUUCAAGGCGCGGUUUUUGAUUUCGAAUCCAAUGAGAACAGGAACUUGUGACUAACUACUAUACGAUUUCCUAAUUUUUUUUUUGAAUUCAGAUUUUCACUUUUGGAGCUUCUGUCCGAGGUUAAACCAUUUAGGUUGCGUUUCUAAGAAUUUUUUCAUGUUUUCUGAAGCUAAAAAAAUUCAAGUUGGUAUUUUUCAAAACCAACGCAUGAUUCAUUUCUAAAUAUGAUAUAUUCAAAAGUUCAUGAGUGCAAUACUUAGGAUAACUUUGAAAGCGAGUUCCCAACUCAAUCCUCCAGGAAAAAAUUAUUUAGCUUAUUUUGAACGCUCAGACGAGGACUUCUGAACGAACUAUUAUACCAGUGAUGUUUGAAUAGAAAGUUCAUAUUUUUGGCUCUGGGCUUGCUUUUUUUGAUCCAAGUAAUCUCUAAUUCAUAAUAUCCCAGUACUGAAAGUUGUUGCUCGUGAGCUGGACGUUCCAUUUUCAAAGGGGGGCGUUGACUGGAUCGAGCCGAGACUGUUGCCUGGGUCACGGCUCAAUUAGCGGAGGCUGCUGCGAAGAAAGACGACCGGAUUACUGGCCGAAUUCCCAUUGACAAGGCGCCGCGGAGUCGACAGGCAGCUGCCUCGCACGGCUCCACGAGAACAUCUGCCUUCGUCGCCAAUAGCUCCACACCGAAACGACUGGGAGACCAUCAUCGGGGUGUAUGGAACUUCAGCUUGAAAACUACAGUUGCGAAGUCUCAAUUCAGAUCAAUCCAAUAAAAGGGAGCUCACACGAAAGAUCAUUUCACCUUAAUUCUGAGAGCGUUCUGUACAAUAGCUGUUGUCUUCUGUAAUUUACUUCAAAAUUUACUUGAAUACUAGUUUUCUUAGGCUGUCUUGAAAAGCAGACGAUUCCUCUGACCUUAUUUUCAUAGUUCAGCUUUUAUGUGUUUUUGUACUGACCUUAUUUCAUCGUUCGUUUUGAGAGAUGAUUUUAUGUUUGGAGACUCUGCAGAUUAAAUGACCCUUUACUUAAUUUUCACCGCUGACCUCAAGUUUGCACAUAUGCUAACGACUAAUCUUUCCUGCAACUGUAGCCUAAAAUGAAGUGAUUGUAGUUGAAAGCGUCUGAUAAACCCAAGUUGAGAAAAAUAAUUGAAAUGAGCCGCCAGAUGGCGAAAAGAUUGAUGGACUUCCGACGACUUUUGCUGGCAGCUUCAUCCGAGGAGCCUCACCUGCACCGUCCAAAACACAAUUAUCUCUCGGCGCAAUUGAGCGAUUGACAAGUUCCACCUGUUUCUACGACCUUUUAGGGCGCGAUCCUAACUCACAGUUGAAACGAGGUCAUACGGUACUUUCGGAGGAUUUCGGUGUUGUAAAAGAUUUCCCGAGGUCUAUUCUAUUUUGCGCAUACAUGGAGAUUUUGAGAAAAUGACUUUUACCUAAAGCUUUCUGAAGGUGUAAAUUCAGUGAAAUAGUUUUUUUGAAAUUACAGGUCGAAAUGAGUUGAUUGCGCGAUACAUCAAGCUGCGUUGUGGGAAGACGCGCACGCGGAAGCAGGUCUCUUCUCACAUCCAGGUCCUCGCAAGGAAGAAGCUCCGCGACGAACAAGCCAAAAAGAAGGUGAGGUCCUUCCAUCGUUCAACCUAUUUUCCUAACAACAAAAAUAUCUUAUCCCGAAACUAAUGAAAUUUUCGAAAAUCUGAUUCUGAAUGUACUAACUUGUAAAUUAAGGAAUUGGAAGUUUCAACUUUCAAAAUUGUUUUUUUUUUCUCAAGAAACGAUUUUUUAUGAACAAUUUUCAAACAAUGAGGUUAUGCCUGAUUCAUUGUUUUUCAGAAAUAAAUCGAAAUUUUCCUUAACAGCUAAAAAAGAUACAUAAAUACUCCUUGUUUGCAGAUUUUUUUGCGCGACAACACAUUCCAAAAGUCAACCCUCAAAAUUUACGAAUUUAAAAAGUGUACUAAUAAAAUGAAGUAACAAAAUUAAUUUAAAAAAAUAAUGAAACUUCUGUUUCGAAUGCUUUCAGUUUGCUCAUGUUCGAUUCGGAAAAAAAAUCUAAUUACACUUUUUGAGAGACUCAUACACCCACCAGAUAUUCUCUUCGUGAUGAUUUUUUUGUUUCUAAUUAUUUAUCAUCUUUUUUAACCUUAUUUUCAUUCAGGGAGAAGCGGGUUUGCCGUCGCUGCAAAUGUCGAGUCCACCGGAAUCGGUGCGGCCGCGCUCCUCCGUGACGCCGGUGCCGCAAGGAACGGCUUCUUCCUCUUCUUCGUCGUCUCCUGCUUCAGCACAGACGCCACGGAUCCCUGUGUUGCCCACAGUCGUCCCUAACACCCAAACUCCUCCAUCCCGACAGGUUUUUUCUGCAUUUUUGAUUGUGGAUCAUCAAAAAGAGUUAAGCCUCUGACAACACCCCUCAAAGUCGAACCGACGGACCAGAUCUCUCAACAGCUCUUCCUGAAUGGUAUUUGGAUAGCUCCGGAAAGUAAAGACAUUUUUUAGGUCUUUCCCCUCAUCUUUGGAAUUUCACACCAGGCGGAAUGCCGACGACACUUCCCUUUAGGUGAGUCUCAACCACUGAGUUUUCUUGCUCUUUUCUAGUGAUUCGCACGAAGUUAAGUUUGCAGCGUUGAUCUGUCGCGAUUAGUGGUGCCAAAGGCGGAAGUGUGCGAAACGACGUCUUCAGAAGCAAGAAGCAUCUCCUCCUCGUCGCUGUCGUUGCUCAGCUUCACCGCCUACGUCUUCAACAGCCUAACCAACCAGCGAACCGAGCUAGUCAAAAUUGAGAGCACCCUCGAAGAAGAUGUGCGUUCUGAAUGGAACUAUUUUUUCCAACUAAUUUUUCAGCCAGUUCCGAUUUCGCUCUUUACUGAUAAAUACCCUCCGGUACUGCGCGAACUCUUCGAAAAGAGUGUCAAGAAAGAUCAAUUUUUUGUCGUCAAGUGCUGGGCUAACCUCAAUUUCGUUGAGGAUGUGAGGUAAUUCGAACUAUAUAUCCAGACGAGCCGUGCAAUCGAUGACUUCUCAGGAAUUGCCAAUACGCCGUGGAUUCGUUCUACUCGUCUUCGCAAAAAAUCCAUCUGAAGGUCUCAACAAUGGCGUGCUCCUUUUCGAAGAAAGCCGUCGAGAAAAUUGAAGUAUGUCGUUCUAAGCCAUUCCGAAGAGAACACAAGUUCAAGGCGUACCCUCCCACGGAGGCCGCAAACGGACACUACAUGUUCGCGCUCAAGUCGUCGCCUAUGUGCGACUACAUGGUGCAGUUCCUCUCCGAGCUGAAGAAGCUAGAGAACGUCGAAUACAUGAACAGCGUCCUGGAGAACUUUACAGUCCUGCAGGUUUUAUUCUAUCUUGUUUUCGACUGACUAAGAAAUUUCACAGGUGGUCUCAAAUAGCGAGACGGAUGAGACCCUCAUGGUUCUUUGCUUCGUCUUCGAAGUUUCCCGCGACGUAGAAUCAAGCUGCUCAGUUUUCCGGCUCAGUGCAUGA